CUUAGUUUGGUCACAUACAUCAUAUACCACCAUUGUUGAAAAGAAAAAGGUUCUCAAUUCUCAAGUUUUUUUCACUGCUGACAACUUUUUUUGACAAAAUCUUCAAAAAUUAAAAGACCUUUUGCACCGAUGAAAUGGUAGUUUUGUGCGGUGGAUUUUCGGUUAAUUGAUCAUAGUGAAUAUAAACUGAUCGCAUAAGCAAAAUGUUUGUGGCCGUGAAAAUUGUGUGUUGCUAUUGAGAUUUUAUGCCACAUAAUAAUGGCGACGUAUAAAAUAUCGUCUAUCCUACUAAAUGAGUGUUAAUAUUCGGAGAAUAAAAUUUUCAUUUUUGAUAAGUUGGCGAUUGUUUACGUUCAGUAAAUUGUAAACAAGAUUUUUGUACUUUCUAAUAAAGAUUCCGAAAGAAAUAAAAUUAUCACGAAAAAUGACUUCAACACUGCGUACCAAUUUGCUGGUCAGAAAAGUGCAAAAUUGUAUAGUUUGUAAUGCGGAACCCACAGCCGGACAAUUAACGAAUGUUUUCGUCAAAGAAGAGACCGCCGCUCCACUGGCAUCAACUCUGUCAGCUAUUCUGAGUAGAACAAUCGAUCAAGAGACAAUUCAUUCAAGUUACAUCUGUAAAAAUUGUCGACAAUUGUGCACCGAAUAUGAAGCGAUGCAAAACCGUUUGGCCUCUAUCAAGAAAGUCAUUUCGCAUGAUUUCAACGAAACGGCCAAACUUCUUGAUCCGACCACAUCCAAGGCGACCGACACCGAUUUCUGUGUCAUGGAAAAUCUACUGCCUGAAGAGUCUUUGGAUGAACAGGACGACCUGGAUCCGCUAAACGAAAAACCGAAUGUUGCGUCACUGAAGCAAGUAGAGGCAACGAAUAGAUACCGUUUGGUUUCAAUAAGGAACGACGGAAAUUACAUCGUCAAUGUGGACAGUGGAGAAGAGUUAUUAGACCAAAGCAUCGCUCAGGAAUACUUCGACGAGAGUGAUGGCAAUAUGGUGGAAAUCAGUACGGAAAUGGAUGCAGACGAACUGACUGAAAUAUUCGAGGAUCACGGAUACAGUGAUGAGAACAGCAGCUUACACUAUCAAAAUUCCAUAUCGGAUCUAUCGCAAGAUGUCAAGGAUGCGAACAAAAUUGUCACCGGCACCGAAAUGCUCGAUUCCCAUCUGACAAACGAUGUGACCAUGAAGCCGAUUUUCAUGCGUGAGGGUCUCAAAUUUAAAUGCUGCCUGUGCACCGACAACGAAACGGUGUUCGAUGUACGAACCAUCGCAACCCACCUGAAACGUGAGCAUGACGAGAAGGUGUACAUCUGUGAUGUUUGCGGCCACGACUUCCGCAAACGAAGUGAAUUGAGCCAUCACUUGGUGGACCAUGCUCCCACUGCCAGUAACGGUGAAGAGUACCAGUGCGAAGAGUGUCCGAAGAAAUUCACGAACCUACGACUGUUCCGAAUCCAUCGACGUGGUCAUUACACCAUUCAGAAGUUGUGGGAAUGUAAGGAUUGCAACAAGAAGUACAGUUCGAAGAAUUUGCUGGAGGAACACACGAAUAUGCACACCGGAGAGAGGCCGUACAAAUGUACUACGUGUGGCAAAGACUUUGCCAGCAAGUACACAUUGACCGCGCAUAUGAAAAUUCAUUCGGAACGUAGACGACCGUUCGAGUGUGAUCAGUGCAACAAGUCAUUUUUCAGUCAACAAAAUCUCACCCAACAUCAACGUACGCAUUCCGGCAUCAAGGAGUUUGUCUGUGAUGUGUGCAACAAGGCAUUUGGAACGGCACACAACUUGGACGUACAUCGCAUCGUUCACACUGGCUACAAGCCAUUCAUCUGCCGGAUAUGUAAGAAGGCAUUCGCUCGACGAGCCGAAAUCAAGGACCAUGAAAGGACACACACCGGCGAGCGUCCCUAUGUCUGUGAAAUUUGUAAUGCCAGCUUUGCGCAACGAUCCAACUUAAUGUCACACAAACGGGCUACGCAUCUCAACGAUAAACGCCAUAAAUGUACCACAUGCGAUCGCAGUUUCAAGCGUAAACGUCUGUUAGACUAUCAUGUAAAGGCGCAACAUACCGGCGAGCGUCCUUAUACGUGUGAGAUUUGCGAAUCGACAUUCGUCUAUCCGGAACACUACAAAAAGCAUCUGCGCAUUCACUCUGGUGAUAAGCCGUACAGCUGUGAAGUAUGCGGAAAGGCGUUCAACAGCCGUGAUAACCGAAAUGCGCAUCGAUUUGUGCAUAGCAAUAAGAAGCCGUACGAAUGUUUGGUUUGCGGAGCAGGCUUUAUGCGAAAGCCAUUGCUCUUGGCGCAUAUGACAUCGAUGAACCACGAAAACGAUCGAAUUGUUUUGAAUCAACCGAACAUCGAACCAAUGAAACCAAAAACGGAACUGGUGUUUAUGUCAGACGAAUACGAGGACAUCGAAGAAUUAACGGAAGAGCGACUCGAUGAAGAUGAUAUGCUGGACACGAAAACCGAACACUUGAUAAUCGAUGGACAAGUUCAAUUCGGCGACGAUGACGAGAAACCGUCCGCCAUGUCAGCGACCAAUUCCAAUCAGAGCGAUGAAUUCGAAAUCAUUUCACCGGACCAGAUUUAUGUAUCGGGCGGAACGGAAUUUAGUAACGAUGACGAAUUCGUGGACAGUGAUGGCGUUAAAUUGGUUCGCAUUCGAAUAGCUGAUGAGGACGGCAAAGAACAAAUGGCAUGGGUAAAUGUUGUGUCACAGGAGGAAUAGACUAAUUAGGUCAAAGAAGAAAAUGCUGACACGUAGCUUCAAUUAAAGAUAAUCUGUAAGACAGCAUGUAGCCGAUUUCCAUGGAGUGAUGAAAUGGGCAGACUACUCUCAAUCUAUAUAAUAAAUUGUAUAA